CCCCAUCUGUGUGAUCUGCCGAGAGUCCCAGGCUCACAGAUCUCAUACCGUGGUUCCCAUAGAGGAGGCUGCCCAGGAGUACAAGGAAAAACUCCAGAUCCAAUUACAGACUCUGAAGGAAGAGAGAGAAAAGCUGAUGGGAUUGAAACUGACCAAAGAGGCAAGAAUCUGGGAGCAUCUGGAGCAGGUAGAAACCAAGAGGCUGAAGAUUCUGUCUGAAUCUGAGCAGCUGUGGCAGUUCCUGGAGGAACAAGAGCCACUCCUGCUGGCCCGGCUGGAAGAGCUGGACAAGGAGAUUGAGAAGAGAAGGGAUGAGAACAUUGCCAAACUCUUGGAGGAGCUUUCCUGUCUAAAUGACAUGAUCAGUGAGCUAGAGGGGAAGUGCCAGCAGCCAGCGAGUGAAUUCUUGCAGGCUCCUGGGAACAGGUCGGCUCAGAGCUGUGACUCUUGGAGGGACCAGCACCAGCUGCUGAAGAGGGAGGGAGAGGAACCCCCCAGUGGACAAUUCUGCACUGACCUCUGUGUCAGGGAUGUUCCCUAUUCUGGUACAUAG